AGGGGCAAGCGGCAGGCACCGAGAGAGUGGGGCGUUUAGCAUUAGGAGCUCCAGCGUAGCCUGCCCCGGCAGGGACCCCGGCGUCCCCAGAGACCAUGCAGAGGUCGCCUCUGGAAAAGGCCAGCGUCAUCUCCAAACUUUUUUUCAGCUGGACCAUACCAAUUUUGAAGAAAGGGUACAGGCAGCGCCUGGAGUUGUCGGACAUAUACCAAAUCUCUUCCGCUGAUUCUGCUGACAAUCUCUCAGAAAAAUUGGAAAGAGAAUGGGACAGAGAGCUGGCAUCCAAGAAAAAUCCAAAACUCAUUAAUGCCCUUCAGCGAUGCUUUUUCUGGAGAUUUACGUUCUAUGGAAUCUUACUAUAUUUAGGGGAAGUCACCAAAGCAAUUCAGCCUCUCCUACUGGGAAGAAUCAUAGCUUCCUACGAUCCAGAUAACAAGAUGGAACGGUCCAUUGCGAUUUACCUAGGCAUAGGCUUAUGCCUGCUCUUUAUCAUGAGGACACUGCUCUUGCACCCCGCCAUUUUUGGCCUUCAUCACAUUGGGAUGCAAAUGAGGAUAGCUUUGUUUAGUUUGAUUUAUAAGAAGACUUUAAAGCUGUCAAGCCGUGUUCUAGAUAAAAUAAGUAUUGGACAACUUGUUAGUCUCCUUUCCAACAAUCUGAACAAAUUUGAUGAAGGACUUGCGUUGGCCCAUUUCGUGUGGAUUGCUCCUUUACAAGUGAUGCUGCUGAUGGGGCUGCUUUGGGAGCUGUUGCAGGCCUCCGCCUUCUGCGGGCUCGCUUUCCUCAUAGUCCUCGCCCUGCUUCAAGCCGGGCUAGGGAGAAUGAUGAUGAAGUACAGAGAUCAGAGAGCUGGAAAGAUCAAUGAAAGACUUGUGAUCACCUCAGAAAUGAUUGAAAAUAUCCAAUCUGUUAAGGCAUACUGCUGGGAGGAAGCAAUGGAAAAAAUGAUUGAAAACCUAAGACAAACAGAACUGAGACUGACCCGGAAGGCUGCCUAUGUGAGAUACGUCAACAGCUCAGCAUUCUUCUUCUCGGGGUUCUUUGUGGUGUUUUUAUCUGUGCUUCCCUAUGCACUGAUCAAAGGAAUCAUCCUCCGAAAAAUAUUCACAACCAUCUCGUUCUGCAUCGUCCUGCGCAUGGCAGUCACUCGGCAAUUCCCCUGGGCUGUGCAAACGUGGUAUGACUCUCUUGGAGCAAUAAAUAAAAUACAGGAAUUCUUACAAAAGCAAGAGCAUAAGACGUUGGAAUAUAACUUAACAACCACAGAGGUAGUGAUGGAGAAUGUAACAGCCUUCUGGGAGGAGGGGGUUGGGGAGUUAUUUGAGAAUGCAAAGCAGAACAACAACAAUGGAAACAUUCCCAGUGGUGACAACCGCCUCUUCUUCAGUAAUUUCGCAAUUCUUAGUACGCCUGUGCUGAGAGGUAUCAAUUUCAAGGUAGAAAGAGGACAGUUGUUGGCUGUUGCGGGAUCUACUGGAGCCGGCAAGACUUCACUCCUGAUGAUGAUUAUGGGAGAACUGGAACCUUCAGAGGGCAAAAUCAAGCACAGUGGAAGAAUUUCCUUCUGCUCUCAGUUUUCAUGGAUUAUGCCUGGCACCAUUAAAGAAAACAUCAUCUUUGGUGUUUCGUAUGAUGAGUAUAGAUAUAGGAGUGUCAUUAAAGCAUGCCAGCUAGAAGAGGACAUCUCCAAGUUUGCAGAGAAAGACAAUAUAGUUCUUGGAGAAGGUGGGAUCACACUGAGUGGAGGGCAGCGAGCAAGAAUUUCUUUAGCAAGAGCAGUAUAUAAAGAUGCUGAUUUGUACCUAUUAGACUCUCCUUUUGGAUACCUAGAUGUUUUAACAGAAAAAGAAAUAUUUGAAAGGUGUGUCUGUAAACUGAUGGCUAACAAAACUAGGAUUUUAGUCACUUCUAAAAUGGAACAUUUAAAGAAAGCUGACAAAAUAUUAAUUUUACAUGAAGGUAGCAGCUAUUUUUAUGGGACGUUUUCUGAAUUACUAAAUCUACGGCCUGACUUCAGCUCAAAGCUCAUGGGAUAUGAUUCUUUCGACCAGUUUAGUGCAGAAAGAAGAAAUUCAAUCUUAACUGAGACUUUACGGCGUUUCUCAUUUGAAGGAGAUGCUGCUGGCCCCUGGAAUGAACCGAAAAAACAGUCUUUUAAACAGACUGGAGAGUUCGGUGAAAAAAGGAAGAGCUCUGUUCUCAAUCCAAUCAAUGCUAUAAAAAGAUUUUCAAUUGUACAAAAGACUCCAUUACAAAUGAAUGGAAUUGAAGAAGACUCUGAAGAGUCUUCAGAGAGAAGGCUGUCCUUAGUUCCGGAUUCUGAGCAGGGAGAGACCAUCCUGCCUCGAAGUAACCUAAUAAACACUGGUCCCACCUUUCAGGGACGAAGGAGGCAGUCUGUUCUGAACCUGAUGACACACUCCUCAGUGAACCAAGGUCAAAUCAUUCACAGAAGCACAGCAGCAUCCACAAGAAAAAUGUCACUGGCCCCUCAGGCGAACUUCACUGAAAUGGAUAUAUAUUCAAGACGGUUAUCUCAAGACAAUGGCUUGGAAAUAAGUGAAGAAAUAAAUGAAGAAGAUUUAAAGGAGUGCCUUUUUGAUGAUUUGGAGAGCAUACCAGCAGUGACUACGUGGAACACAUACCUUAGAUAUAUUACUGUCCACAAGAACUUAAUUUUUGUGCUCAUUUGGUGCUUAGUUAUUUUUCUGGCUGAGGUGGCUGCUUCGCUGGUUGCGUUUUGGCUACUUGAAAAAACACGUCCUCAAGACAAAGGGAAUAGUACCAGGAGCACAAAUAACACCUCCCCUGUCAUCGUCACCAGCACCAGCGCCUUCUAUAUGUUUUACAUUUACGUGGGAGUAGCUGACAGUUUGCUCGCUCUGGGAUUCCUCCGAGGCUUACCACUGGUGCAUACGCUAAUCACAGUAUCGAAAAUCUUACACCAGAAAAUGUUACAUUCUGUUCUGCAUGCACCUAUGUCGACCCUGAACACAUUGAAAGCAGGUGCGAUUCUUAAUAGAUUUUCCAAAGAUAUAGCAAUUUUGGAUGAUCUUCUGCCUCUUACCAUAUUUGACUUCAUCCAGUUGGUGUUAAUUGUGAUUGGAGCUGUAGUGGUGGUCUCGAUUUUAAAGCCCUACAUCUUCCUAGCAGCAGUGCCAGUGAUCAUUGCUUUUGUGAUACUGAGAGCCUACUUCCUGCAGACCUCCCAGCAACUCAAACAACUGGAAUCAGAAGGCAGGAGUCCAAUUUUCACUCAUCUGGUUACAAGCUUAAAAGGCCUAUGGACACUGCGUGCCUUCGGACGUCAGCCUUACUUUGAAACUCUGUUCCACAAAGCUUUGAAUUUACAUACUGCCACCUGGUUCUUAUACCUGUCAACACUGCGCUGGUUCCAAAUGAGAAUAGAGAUGAUUUUCGUCGUCUUCUUCGUUGCUGUUACCUUCAUUUCUAUUUUAACAACAGGUGAAGGAGAAGGAACGGUUGGCAUUAUUCUAACAUUAGCCAUGAAUAUCAUGAGUACAUUGCAGUGGGCUGUGAACUCCAGCAUAGAUGUGGAUAGCUUGAUGCGAUCUGUGAGCCGAGUCUUUAAAUUUAUUGACAUGCCAGCUGAAGAAAGUAAAUAUACCAAGUCAGUCAAACCAUACAAGGAUGGCCAGCUCUCGAAAGUUAUGAUUCUCGAGAAUCAACAUGUGAAGAAAGAUGACAUCUGGCCCUCAGGGGGCCAAAUUACCGUCAAAGACCUCACAGCAAAAUAUAUAGAUGGUGGAAAUGCCAUAUUAGAGAACAUUUCCUUCUCAAUAAGUCCUGGCCAAAGGGUGGGUCUCUUGGGAAGAACUGGAUCAGGGAAGAGCACUCUGUUAUCGGCUCUUCUGAGACUGCUGAACACCGAGGGAGAGAUCCAAGUAGACGGAGUGUCUUGGGAGUCGGUGACGGUGCAGCAGUGGAGAAGAGCCUUUGGAGUGAUCCCGCAGAAAGUAUUUAUCUUUUCUGGAACAUUUAGAAAAAACUUGGAUCCCUAUGGACAAUGGAAUGAUCAAGAAAUAUGGAAAGUUGCAGACGAGGUUGGACUCCGAUCUGUGAUCGAGCAGUUUCCUGGGAAUCUGGACUUCGUCCUGGUGGAUGGGGGUUUUGUCCUAAGCCAUGGCCACAAGCAGCUGAUGUGCUUGGCCAGAUCUGUGCUCAGCAAGGCCAAGAUCUUGCUGCUUGAUGAGCCCAGUGCUCAUUUGGAUCCCAUAACAUACCAAAUCAUUCGCAGAGCUCUAAAACAAGCGUUUGCUGAUUGCACCGUGAUCCUCUGUGAACACAGGAUAGAAGCAAUGUUGGAAUGCCAGCGAUUUUUGGUCAUAGAGGAGAACAAAGUACGGCAGUACGAUUCCAUGCAGAAGCUUCUGAGCGAAAAGAGCCUCUUCCAGCAGGCCAUCAGCCCCUCGGACCGGCUGAAGCUCUUCCCCCAGCGGAGCUCCAGCAAGCACAGGUCUCGAGCCCAGAUCACUGCCCUGAAGGAGGAGGCAGAAGAAGAAGUGCAAGACACCAGGCUGUAAAGCAGCACAAGCGUGUGCGUGGACGCUCUCCCGGAGCUGCAGGAGGGACAGCUUUGGCCGCAGAACACAAGGAUGAAUAACACUGUUUUUAAAAAGGCAACAUUUUAGGGAGAGGAAUUAAGGACAUUCACAUAGGUCUGGAUAAAUGGCUUCCUGACAAUGGUCAAAUUGUAUGAAAGGUACUUCAAAUCCUUGAAGAUUUACCACGUCUGUUUGCAAGCCAUAUUUUCCUGAAAGCUUUUUCCCUUGGUAGUCAUUGGGAAGGUGGCUGUAAAUGUCAGCCAGCUUAAUUGUUCAACGUAGUGAAAUUUGCUAAUUUGUAUUAUUGGAGAAGAACUGUAAUCAUACUACUUAGAGAUGCAAUGAAGUAAUGAUAACUGGAAACUUUAGUGGUUUCUAUUCCUUUUUCUCCACUCUCUCUGAGAUAUUUAAAAACAACUGUGUCUGUUGAGCAUGUGCCGUUGCCAAGCAAGUAUCUGAAUACUGUGAGAGAGUCACACGACAGCCUGUCAAAAUAUGUACCAUGCAACAUCUAGGUAUCAGUCAGGAGAGAGGACUUCCUGAUCCUGGAAAUCAGGGUUAGGACCAUCCAGCUCUACCAAAAAUCCAGAUAAUUCAGAUGUCAGAAUAUCUCCCUUACCUGGGAAAAGGGCUGUUACAGUCCCAGCCAGGGAGGGGACAGGAUAGCUCUCUUGAUGCAAAAGUUGACAUGCCUUUCCCCAGCUUCCAGAAAGCAAUAAGCUCAUAAGACCUCUGACAUGCAGAAAGGUUGGAAAAAUACUUUAAUGCAAAUUGGUGCAGGAAAACCGUUCUUGCCACAGGAGCUCCAGGUAGAGGGUGUGCAAGCAGAUAGGUCAUGGCGCUCCAGGUAGACGUUCAUGAGAUCCAAAGAUCCAGGUGUAUAUGGGGUGAUGUUGUGUGUUUUCAGGCGUAAAUACUGAGUGAGAGAGAGAAUGGGAGAUACCCUGAAGAAGAGUCAAUCAUGAAUUCAUUUUAGAUGCUUCUGUUUUAUAAUUUUGUGACGCAAAUGAAAUUUUCUCUAGGAAAUAUUAUUUAUUUUAAUAAUGUUUCAAACUCAUAUAUAAAUGACUGUAUUUUAAGAAUGAUUAUAUUAUGAAUUAUAUUUGUAUAACUUUUUUAUAUUGGAAAUGCUGACUUUUAAUGGCAGUUGCUAUUUUUAUGAUAUAUUAUGUUAAAACUGGGGGGGGUGCGGGAGGGGAACAUUUAGGAUGAUAUUGGCCAGAGGCUGUGAAUUGCCUUGAUGGUGUGGAGAGAAGCAUUACGUCUCACACAGGUGUUGUGUAGACCUGUAUGACUGCUGGCCAGCACACAGGUUCCCUCUUAGAUGCAGGUCUAAAGAAAACAGAACAACAAAAUCAGACCACUUUUAUUAGGGACACACGGCCUCUCUAACUCCAUCCUGACCCAAAAGAUUGCAUUCUAUUUAUUACUGUAAGGAACUACGAUGUGUCAAUA